AAAUGAUUGAGGGCAUAAAUUGGAGGUAAGCUAAAACUGUGCUCCCCACCUCGGAACGAACUACCUUAUAUCCUACCCAACAAUCCCUUGUCAACUCGCAACUUCAAACAGCCCUCCAAACAAGUCAAGUGCCUCCCGCGACACCACCAUGGUCACGAUCUCGCUAGGGGUGCCCGACAUGGCGGCGACCCCACCCAGCGGCCCGGCGUCGGAGGAGGUUGGUGAUGACAACCGGCAGCAGCAGCAGGCGCACGCCACGCCCGCGCCGGAGCCGGUGGACAUGCUCGUGCUCGGCGCGGGCUGGACGUCGCGGUUCCUGCUGCCGCUGCUGGACGAGCACAAGGUCCGGUGGGCGGCCACGACGACGACGGGCCGCGACGGCACCGUCCCCUUCCGCUUCGACCCGGACUCGGCCGACGCGGCGCCGUACCGCGCCCUGCCGACGGCUCGCACCGUCCUCAUCACCUUCCCGCUCAAGGGCGAGGGCCAGAGCCGGCGCCUGACGUCGCUGUACGUCUCGUCGCGGCCGACCACCACCACCACCACAACAACAACAACAACGACAACCACAGCAACUACCACCCGCUGGAUCCAGCUCGGCUCGACGGGAAUCUUCACCGCCCCCGGCUGGAACGACGAGUCGUCCCCGCACGACACGGCCAGCCCGCGCGCCGUGGCCGAGGACGAGCUCCUGCAGCGCUGCGGCGUCGACGCCGUCGUCCUAGCAUUGGCGGGCCUGCACGACAGCGGCGGCGGCAGCGAGGGGGGCGCGACCCGCGACCCGCGCGACUGGGUCCUGCGCGUGGCGCGCACCAAGGACGCCGUGCGCGCCAAGGGCGCCCUGCACCUGAUCCACGGCGCCGACGUGGCGCGCGCCGUGCUGGCCGUGCACGCCCAGACUACUACUGCCUUUACAAAGGGCCGCAGGUGGAUCGUCGCCGACACGCGCUGCUACGACUGGUGGGACCUGAUGCAGGCCUGGGGCGCCGAGGCGCGCAGGCGGCUGCGCGAGGGGAAGACGAGGGCCGCCGUGGCGGCCGCGGAGGCGGGCGUCGACGCCGACGGGCUGCGGUACGAGGAGUGGGUCGCGGAGCUGAUGGAGGAGGAGGGCGUGCGGGCGCUGCCCAGGCCGGCGGAGAGGCUGGGCAGGGUGCUGGACUCGCGGGCGUUUUGGAGGGAGAUGGGGACGUGGCCUACGAAGGGGAGGGUUUGCUAGAUGACCCUUGUCCUGCUCAACGCUUCCCUCGAUAUACAAGGGCGCAUGUUCCAUCAAGGAUGUUCUGCAUAAUAUAGGCCCGCACCGUAAUGCCCUGGGGCAUCCCAAGCAAAGGGCAUCAGCCAAAAGCACACCAGCACCAUGACCCCCACACACCGAGCCACCAUCACCAUCUGGUGUUCUUCUGUCAUUGAAACCGAGUUUUCUAUCCUUUUCUGUCCUGUUCUUACAUAUCCGCUGUCAGGCAACAGCAGCUAUCCGCCAUACAAACGAACCCUAACCCAAAUCCUUCACUCCGUCUUCUUGGCCUUUGCUGUUGCAGCCUCG